AUGGGCGCCGGGGACAGGACCGACGCGGAGGCUGACGACGCCACGGACAUGUCGGCCAAGAGGCGCGCGGAGGUGGACGCGCUGUGGGCGAAGCUCAACGGCGGCGGAGGGGCCCCCGAUGCGUCGGCGAGGGCGCCCGCCGCGGCGAAGGCGCGGGGGCGCGGCGGCAAGAAAGCCGCCGCGCCCGCGAACGACGGCGACGGCGACGGCGCCGCGGGACCGAGUAAGGGCAAGGCCGCGCUGGGCGUCCUCGCGCGCCUCAACCGCGUCGCCGGCGGCGGCGUGGCGAAGAAGGGAGCGACAAAGGGGGGCGAUCGCGGAUCGUCGCGCAAGAAGGCGCCCAACGACUCCGACUGGCGCAAGGCUCUCGGCCUCGACGGCGACGCGAACAGACCCGCGCGCGCGAAGGUUUCCGCGGAGGCCGUCAAGGAGGCCCUCGCGAAGGCUGGCGGCGGCGUCCGCAUGCGGGCCGUGGAGCGCACCGACGGCGUCAUGACCGUCAAGGAGACGCGCAACUUCGCGGGCAAAGAGAUGGAGGUGACCAAAACGUACGCGGAGGGCUCCAAGGAAGCCAAGCAGGCGGCGAAGCGCGACGCCGCGGCCAAAUCCGGCGGCCUCGACGGCGUCCUGCUGCAGAUGGAGAAGACGAGGAAGCUCAACGUCCUGGACAAGAGCAAGAUGGACUGGAAGGACGUCAAAGAGGGCGACGCCGAGAUGGAGGAGGAUCUGGAGAAACACAAGAGGGGCAAGACGUACCUCGAGGAGCAGGAUUUCCUCAAGCGCGCCGAGCUGAGGGAGUACGAGCUGGAGAGGGACGCGAGGUUGAACGCGGACGUGCGGACGAGGGGAAGGCUGUGA